AUGUGCGAACGGCUGGUUCAGCUGCGCCGACACUGCUGGUGGUGGGUGCUGCCCGUCCGGGUUCGCAUGCGGGUCGAGCUGUGUAGCGACCGUGUCAGCCACAGGGGCGUCGGCGUCGGCCUCACAGACCGUGGCCAAGGCACAACCUCAGCCGCAGGCCCAGAGUGCAUCCUGUUUGAUGUUCCAGGUCGACGUGAAGAUGCUUGGAAUCAGCGUUUUGGGGACGAUCUUGCUAUUUUGGUUGCAUUUGAUGGCAUUUUGAUCCUGGUUUCUCUACUUCUCGAUGACUUGUACGAGUACUACGAGCCGUGUACCAUGUAA